AUGGCCAUAGCAGCGGCUCUAUCCUCCCUGCAACAUAUUCUCUUCCUGUCUCCUCUCCGGUCUUUAGCUAUAGCAACCUUUAUCAUCCCCUGUCUCUAUAUCAUUGUCAAUGAAUUCAUCCGUGCUUCUGCUCGCAUCCCAGGAAUCAAAGGGCCUCGCGGCCUACCUUUAAUUGGGAAUAUCGCCCAAAUCCGGGAGAACGCAGCCGAACAAUAUCGCAUAUGGUCAAAGACCCACGGGCCCGUUUAUCAAAUUCAGCUAGGAAACGUCCCAGUCAUUGUCGUCAACUCCGCUUCCGCUGCAAAGUCGCUUUUUGGACAAAAUGCGCAGGCUCUAAGCUCGAGACCCGAGUUUUAUACCUUCCAUAAAAUUGUGUCUAACACUGCUGGCACAACCAUCGGGACCUCUCCGUAUAGUGAAUCGUUGAAAAGACGAAGAAAGGGGGCUGCCUCGGCCCUCAACCGGCCGUCUGUGGAUUCCUACGUCUCGCAUUUGGAUGUAGAGUCAAAAGCAUUCGUGGCCGAACUUCUUAAGUAUGGGGUAAGCGGGAAAGUACCAGUUGACCCCAUGGCGAUGAUCCAACGUCUCAGUCUAAGUUUGGCUUUGACGCUUAAUUGGGGUGUGCGUGUGGCAUCACAGGAAGAAGGCUUGUUCGAUGAGAUUACCCAUGUGGAGGAGGAGAUCAGCAGAUUUAGAAGUACCACCGGCAACCUGCAAGACUACGUACCUCUCUUGCGGCUCAACCCUUUCAAUACCAAUUCCAAAAAAGCCCAAGAAAUGAGAGACCGCCGUGACAGAUACCUUAAUGAACUCAACCGUGAUCUUGACGCCCGAAUGGAGAAAGGCACCCACAAGCCCUGUAUACAGGCCAAUGUCAUCCUUGAUCGGGAAGCUAAAUUGAAUUCAGAGGAGCUUACCUCUAUAAGCUUGACUAUGCUUUCGGGAGGGCUCGACACUGUUACUACGCUUGUGGCUUGGAGUAUUGGCCUCCUUGCGAAACGCCCAGAUAUUCAAGACAAGGCUGCCAAAGCGAUUUUCGAGAUGUACGGCCCGGACCAACCAUUGUGUGAUGCUGCAGAUGACCAAAAAUGUGCAUACAUUGCUGCACUGGUAAGAGAGUGUCUAAGAUAUUUUACUGUUCUUCGUCUUGCUCUCCCACGGACAUCGAUCAGAGAUAUUAACUACAACGGCAGCACGAUCCCUAAGGGUACAGUCUUCUUUUUGAAUUCAUGGGCUUGUAACAUGGAUCCUGAGGUCUGGGGUGAUCCAGAAGAGUUUAGACCCGAGAGAUGGCUCGAGCAGCCAGAUGCACCGAUGUUCUCUUACGGAAUCGGCUACCGCAUGUGCGCAGGCUCACUCCUUGCUAAUCGUGAGCUGUAUUUGAUCUUCAUGCGCACCAUUAACAGCUUUAGGAUUGAACCAUAUGACGAGAUUGACUGGCAUCCCAUCUAUGGCAAUUCAGACCCUACGAGUCUGGUGGCAAUCCCGAAGAGGUACAAGGUCAGAUUUAUUCCUAAGGACAACAAAGUGCUUGAAAACGUUCUUGGUUCGGCAUCCUCGCUGCGGCUUGAUGUAUGAGGGUUCAAAUCUGCUGGAUGGCGGGGGUGCCUUUUUAAUUAUUAUGAUUCCACCGCAGAGAUAACAACGUGGAUCUUUCCCUUCCGCUUUCUGUACCUUUCUUCUUGUCUCUUCUAUCUUGAAUUCUUUAGGGGCAUAUUAAGACCCCACACGAGGUUUACCAACAAGGACAUACCUGCAACAUUUAGUAUGCGUCGCAACAGAUACAAUUCCGCCUCUUAGUUUAAUUCCAUAGAAAAAUCAAACGCGCCCUUGCUCAGUAUCCUUCGGUAGAAGACAAUGAACACCCUAGGCCACGGUUCCACUGCCAGGGAAAUUAUCUUUUACUA